GCUCGGUGGGGAAUGGCUUGGCACGGAUUCAUCAGGCUCGUCCUCAUUCUCAGCGCCUUCCAGAGAGUCAGAACGCCCCCAUAAACCGAGCCGAGCAUCCAACGCAACUUCAGUCCCUCACUGCUACACAACACACUCAGCAGCACUCAUCCCGAGCUAAUGCUCCACCAUGAACCCGCACUGCGCGCGCUGUGGAAAAAUAGUCUACGCUACUGAGAAGGUGAACUGUCUGGACAAGUACUGGCACAAGGGAUGCUUCCACUGUGAAGUAUGCAAGAUGACCCUCAACAUGAACAACUACAAAGGAUACGAGAAGAAGCCCUACUGCAAUUCGCACUACCCCAAACAGACGUUCACCAUCGUGGCCGACACUCCAGAGAACCUGCGACUGAGACAACAGAGUGAGCUGCAGAGUCAGGUGAAGUACAGGAAAGAUUUUGAAGAGAGUAAGGGGCGUGGUCUCAGAUUUCUCGUGGACACGCCAGAGCUGCAGAGACUGAAGAAAGCCCAGGAUCAGAUCAGCAAUGUCAGUCCUGAUCAGGAAGUUAAAUAUCAUAAGGAUUAUGAGGUACCAGGGCUGCACGGGGUCCCACAGGGGGCACGAGGGGCUUAUCUGGUGCGGGCACAGGGGAGACCCAAUCAUCAGACCAUGGGAAACAGUGCAGCACAACAGAAUGUCCAUCAAUACAUCAUGGAUGUGGAUCGUAGGCCAGGGGUCAUUGUGGCCCCUGUUCUUCCUGGAGCGUACUACUCAACUGGACAUAGCCAGGGUCACAGCUAUAUGCAUCAGGCCAGCAUGCACUCCCUGAGGUCCAUGCAGCUGCGAGCACAUCCAACAUUGAGUGUGUACAGGGCUCUGUACGACUACACAGCUCAGGACUGCGAUGAGGUCUCGUUCCGAGACGGUGACAUUAUCCACAACGUCCAGCCCAUCGACGAAGGCUGGCUGUACGGGACUGUGCAGCGGACCGGACGCUCUGGCAUGCUGCCCGCCAACUAUGUAGAGGGCAUCCGCUAGCUCUCUUCCUCCAAACGCCCGAGUCUCACCCCCACUGAGCCUCAAAUUAAACCGCUCCACUGCAGCUGAUACAGGGAUCAGACAGACAGACUUGUAAAUAGACAGAAGCAGGCCUCUAUUUUGCUAGUAUACACUGUCCUUCUUUCUGUCUUUCUAAAACGUGUCCCUUGUUUUGUUACACUGUGCUCUGUACACUUAAGCAUGGUUUCCCGGAUAUGAAUUAAGCCUCAGACUAAACUGUGAUACAAGUAGGAAAGUCUAGGCUUAAACCGAAGCUUAAUGUUGGUCUGAGGAAACUGUGCUGUUAUUUGUAUUUCUAGAACUUAGGUAGUUCGUGUGCAUGUGAUGUGAUUUUGUAUAUAAUAUACCCCUAUAUUUUCUACCGAUUUUAAGGAAUUUAGGUUGAAUUGAAGUAAAGACAAUCUGUUUUAAUCUGCAUAACUAAAGUUUUGAAUGGAAACAGUCAUUUAGAGUGUAUGAACAACCUUUAUGAGGAAACAUUUUCUUUUAUUUUGGGACUAUUUUGCCUUACUAAACCCUACAUGUACCUCUCUACCAUAAAAUUAAGAGAACACUUUCUGUUGCAGUUUCUGAAUCAGUUUCUCUGAUUUUGCUAUUUAUAGGUAUAUGUUUGAGUAAAAUGAACAUUGUUGUUUUAUUCUAUAAACUACAGACAACAUUUCUCCCAAAUUCCAAAUAAAAACAUUGUCAUUUACAGCAUUUAUUUGCAGAAAAUGAGAAAUGGCUGAAAUGACAAAAAAGAUGCAGAGCUUUCAGACCUUAAAUAAUGCAAAGAAAACAAGUUCAUAUUCACAAAGUUUUAAGAGUUCAGAAAUCAAUAUUUCGUUGAAUAAUCCUGUUUUUUAAUCACAGUUUUCAUGCAUCUUGGCAUGUUCUCCUCCACCAGUCUUACACACUGCUUUUAGAUAACUUUAUGCCACUCCUGGUGCAAAAAAAAUCAAGCAGUUCAGCUUGGUUUGAUGGCUUGUGAUCAUCCAUCUCCCUCUUGAUUAUAUUCCAGAGGUUUUCAAUUUGGUAAAAUUGGAAAAAAAGAAACCCCAGAUUAAACAGGAUUAAAACUGGACUCCAUUGCAGAGAAUUAAAAAAAACAGAAGAAAUAAAAGAAGGCACUGAUCUUGCCUGUAUUGCCGAUGGUGGGCACAUCGGUGCAAGAUAUGUUGAGGUAAAGUUAUAGACGUCAUGCUUCUAGGGGGUUAGUGAAUAUUAUAUGAACUAGUUGCUAGUUGUGCUGAUCUAAAUGAGAGACCAGUCAGUGGACCUGUAACCAUUUAGUGGCAUAACUUUUACUGUGAUCGUAAAAGCUAUUUUUAAUCAUCGCUUUUAGAGGCACUGAACUUUACAGACGUCCGAUUUUAUGCACCAACUUUAUACCCACUCUCAAUUACAUUUUUCAUACAUCGUGAUCAUUUAAUUAUGCAGAUUAAAAAAAUAAAAAAAUAGUAAAAUAUAUAUUUAUUUGAAACAAGAAAAAAAACAGCAUCUGUUUUGUGUUGAUUUCAUGACUGAAGCUUUAAUUUUGUAUGCCUUUUUAAAUAAGCCUUUUUGUCUCUCUGUCCAAAUUAAACAUUUUUGUAGCAUGUA